GCCAUGGCGGUUUAUUUGACUCCGCGGUUCAGGAGGCUCCGGAGUCAGAGCGAGUUAGAGCCGCGGCGGGGGAGCGGGCGGUGGCGGCGAGAUUGUGAUGGUCCUUUUCAAGCAACUCAGCUAUGGAAUAGUAUUAUUCAUGCUCUUCACAGUCAUGUGGAAAUCAAAAGACGCAGACAACAUCUUAAAACUUAUAAAAACUGUUUCACUGGCUCAAAUGCUGUUGAUGUGGUACUGAGCCAUCUUAUGCAAAGCAUGUACCUAAGCUGCAAUGAUAUUUCUCGGCUGAAGGGAGUCCGUGUAUGCCAGGCGUUGAUGGAUCACAAGGUGUUUGAGCCAGUUGGAGCAAAACUUUACUUAUUCAAGAAUGAGAAAGAAACAGAGUUUGAAGACACAAACACUAGUCUCUAUAAAUUUGUAAAUAGCAGUCUUACUCCUCUUCUUCCGAGAAAUAAUAAAAACAAUGAGAGCUUGUCUCCUGAGGAAAUCUGCAAAGAGAAGACAAAAAGAUGUUCCAAAACAAAGUGUGAAACAACACUUUCAAACCCCUUAGCAUUAGAAGCAGCCGAUAAAAAGAGGGUAGAGGAGCUUCUUCAAUCAAUAAAUGUUCAUGGAUCUUUACCUCCAAAGAUCAUGGUUAAUGAACCAACUCAUCUGCUUUCAAAAAGAAUAAUAGAUGAUGUCUGGAAACAGCAAACUCUGCUACGACUGCUACAGUUAAUCGAUGUUCCAUUUCUAGAAGAUACCUUGGUGUCUUCAGUGAAGACAAAACAGGAUUGUUUUGGCAAAGAAGACCUAAUUAUCUCAAAUACUUUCCUGGACAGAGAGAUUGUAUGUAGCUUAAACUUGCCUGAGCUUGACAAAUGGCUCUAUGCUGCAAUUGAAUGCUUGGAGUAUUUCCCAGACCAAUUCAUAGUGAUGGUUAGUCAGCAGUUACAUCAAAGCACUAACAAACUCAGCAGUCUGAAUACAUACAAGAAGAUUCUUUUUGACAUUAUAAUAAAGUAUUAUAGUCAAAAGAAGGACUCCCUUCUUGCCACUCAGGAUCUCGAUAUUCAUUCAGGAAUUAUAGACCUUAUAGAAAAAGGAAAAACAGAUCAAGCUCUGGAGGCAUCACAACUUUAUUUAAAAUUGUUAGCACCAAAUAUUCAAGAAGAACUACAUAGGUUCCUGACAUUCCUAGCCAUUGCAUCUGAAUCCGAGGGCUACAAAUUACAAAAACAAUUUGAUAACAGACCAGUGGUCAUCAAGACUUGCACAAAAUUCAUCUUCCAGAAUAAGACAUUGUCAAAACCCCAGGCAGAACUGCUGACUCAAUUUCUGAUGGACAAUCACUCUGAGCUCUUCAAGACUCCUUUAACUCUUCUGGAACUAACUAGUAGGAGACUUGAGAGUUUGCUAGAAGGACAAGAUCCAGAUAUUGAUUCAGGCUUCACCUUCUGUCAGCGUGUGACAAUGAAAGACUAUGAAGAUCAAAAACAACAAACAAGUCAGUAUCUUCUUACAUUGGCUCAAGAGAUGGACAGUGACCCCACUAUUCCUUUGAAGCGGAAGAAGAAAUUAAUUAAAGAAUUCCGAAAAUACCAUUCUCUCGCCUACUGUAGUGGUUGUAAAACUACAUGUGAAUUUUGUACUCUAAAGGGUUAGACAUGAAUACAGCCAUUUAAAAAAAAAAAAAAAAUGGGGGAUGCAUACGAAAAUUGUUCAUGAUGCAAACCAUUUUCUUAUGUCCUUACAUCUUCAGUUACAGGAAACUACAACUAUCAAAAUUACUCGGCUGCUAAUAAGCAUUGAUUCUAACUAAUGACUUUUAAACAAAAUGUACUCAAAUUCUUUUACUAAUAAUGGCACACUGCUUAUGCUGCUUUGAAAUCAGGGUUUGGCACUUUUUUCAUUCUGUCCCAUGGCCCCACGGCUUUCUAGCUGAGCCAAUUCUACAUUCAGAGCCAUGCUUGGGUUCAUAACCAGUAAGGUUUCUAAUCUUUUCUAUCUGUAGUUUAUAAUCUAACUAUAAUCAAAUCUUAAACUGUAAAUUAUGUCUCCUAUGAGUAUUAUAGAAGUAUAAAAAGUGACUGGCUCCUAACAUUUUUGACACAGUGGGUUUUCAAUCCGUGACAGGCAAGAUUCAUUAGGCAGGAGAGCUGUGUGUGCUUGUGGUCAGUAAUUACAGCCUGUUACUCCUUCCCCACUCUGGCAGAGCGAGCUGCUGCUAAUCUGGAAGUUAUGCAAAAGCGAGGAAAAAAACCAAGGAAUAAUAAUUUUGGUUUAGAUCGGGUUAGAUCUCUUGGUGUACCUAAGCUAUAUAUUUUAACAUGAGGAUACUUUGAUAGUGUCCAGUCACUUGUCAUAAAUACUUUGAUAGCGUUUAUGGAUUCAUAGGUCAAAGCUAGAAAGCACAUUGGCCUGUCUUGACAAAGUGAUAGUUAACUGUACAUUGACAAGGAAAUAUUGAUUCAAAUCAUUAAAUAAGUAUCCAAUAUAAUGUUAUAGUGGUUAAAUUACUUCUUCCAUUCUCAUGACAGACGUGGUCAUGUAUUGGACAUAGAAACAGAACUGAGAUUAUAAGGGACCUCUGCUCUAGUCCCAUCACCCAGCUCAAAGUUGAGUCAAUUAGUGCAGGCUCCUGAGGGCCUUUUCCAGUUGAGUUUAGGAUAUCUCCAAGGAUGAUGACACGCCCUUUCAAGUAAGUCUGAUCCAGGUUGACUGGCCUCACAGCAUUUAAAAAAAAUAACCAAAAAAACCCCAAAACAAAAAAAAACACCCCACAUUUAGGUUUGUGCCCAUUGCCUCCUGUUCUUUCACUGGGCACCAAUGAGAAGUGUUUGGUUUGGUCGUCCUUGCUCCCUCUGAGCCUUCUCAAGGAUAAACAAUGGCAGUUCUCUCAGUGUCUUCCUUGUAUGACAGAUGCUCUAAUCCUUUAUCAUUUUCAUGUCCCCUUUGCUGGUCUAACUCUGCUAUGACUGAUUUUCUUUUGUGCAUAUGCUUCUUUAGAUACUCACAUCCUCAUACUGCUUUUCAGACAUGUGGGGCAAGUUACUAGGAUACCAAAGCUUUCUGAAAGCAAAUGCUCUUUUUCUUUUUUUCCCUUUUCUGUUUCCUUUACCUUUGGUUACUCUGUUAGAUAUAACCAACUGUGUGUACAAGUAAUAGUGUGUGUUAAUUUGCAAAUUUCAAGUAGCUUUAUUUAAAUGAGCUGUUAGAAAUCAGGGAUGUAGCUGAAAUGUCUGUCCAUGCGUCUGUUUAUGCACUUGUUAUUUAAAAGUGACUGUCUGUUGUAAGCUAAAUAAUUUCUGGAGGAGGAUAAAAGACCCAAGUUUCACCUUUCAGAGGUGAAUGACCUAAUUACUAGACUAUAGGGCCAUGUAUUUUUUUUCUAGCGCUGUGUGGGGAUUUUGGUCAUUCUCUCAGAAAAGGGAGCACGUACAGAAGUACGUUAUUGAGAACUGUAAACAGGAAAUUAUUUCCUGAUUACAUGCUUCUGGUGUUGAGUAGUGGGAGAAGGGGAUUUUAGUUUGGUUUUUUUUUUUUUCCUCUCUCUCUUCAGUCCCUUUAUUGUGUAUCACUCAAUAUUGAACCUGGUAAUGGGGAGGGGUGAUAACAUAGUAAUUUGUAGGCUAGAUGGACUGGGAAUUGCUUUGGAAAAAAACGUAUUUUAAGAAAAAAAAUUGCACUUUGUGACUUGAUUAGAAUUUUCUUGUGCUAAU